CUUGUAGCCGAUGACGUCAUCAUCUGCCCGACAACCAGCACAACACGGAAGUCCUCCGCCUCUCGGUCCACUUUUUUGUCGCAGAACGACUUUAUGAGCAAAUGUUUUCCUUGUAGCCCAAAAUGCCUGUUGAAAGCCCCGAGGAGCGGACGGUGGAGGUGCUGGCGCUGCCGGCAUUCGUGGAUGAGGAGCUGCUGUUCCUGUACUUUGAGAAUAAGCGGCGCUCUGGGGGGGGUCCACUCGUCUCUGUGGAGAAGAACGGUGACCGCGCCAUACUGCUGUUUGAAGAGGCAGAAGCUGCAGCCAGAGUGCUGUCUAAAGGGCACCACGUUCUGCACAAUGUCAAGCUGAGUGUGAGAAAGCCGGCCUCGAAGGACCGAUGUAGACUGCUGCUGCGGGGGAUCAAGCCCAACACCAGCACGGAGAUGAUCGAGCUCUAUGUGGAGAACAUGAUGGGCUUGAACAUGCCUGACUACACUCUGUAUCCCUCGCCCGGGAGAGAUUUCAUCCUCAUUCAACUCAGCCAACCCCUCUCGAAAGAUUUCCAAAACCUUGGUGCUAGAAUCUCCAAGAGGAAACUUGAUGGGGCCGAGGUAACUCUCGAAGAGACUGAGCCGACUGACUCCGUCUUAGUGGAGAACCUGCAACCCAGCACCUCUCCAGACCUGCUCACUUUGUACUUUGAGUGCGAGCGAGGUGGGAAUCAGAAGGUGAAGGACGUCACGAUGCUUUCAGCUGGUACAGCCAAGGUGUCCUUUGUCAAUUAUGAAUCGGUGGGCCCUACUCUCGACCACCCGCACAAGCUGCAAGGUGCUGAUCUCGUCGUGAGACCGUACUACGACUUCCUCUUACCCGCAGAAAGUUUGCUGUCACAGGACUCUGGAACUGAAAGCCAAGAUAUGACUGAGAGAAACUCUGAGGAUAUUCAGAUGCAGACCAGUCCUCCCAUGGUGGUCCAUGCAGAUGGCCAGUCCUCCUCUCAUGUGGCCUCAAAGCCUCUUGCUGCCCCUGAAGCAGUAGAGGAGGCGGCGGCAGAGGAAGUCAUGGAGGAGCAAACGGAGGAUGAAGAAACACUAUCGAGCCAUAUUCCUAUCACUGACCCAGCAAAACUUGCUUUGUUUAAACUCGGCACCUUUCGACGGGACACUGAAAAUGCUCACACGAAUCUCACCAUCCAAAUCCAAGACAAUGGCGUGCACAUUGCAGGGACCGACAGACGAAAGGUCGAGCAGAUAAGACACGCCAUCUUGGACUGUUUUGUCAAAAUGGCUAAGACUCGUUUCACCCUCGAGCCAGAAAAGGCUCAGCUCCUCGCAAGAGAAGACGUAAAACAGCAUCUACUGCAAACUAUGACUCGAACUGGGUCACCUGCCAUGUACACCGUGUCAGACUGUAAUGUUGUUGUAACCUCCCUGUGCCAGAACUCUGCCGACCAGGCGUGUAGCUUUUUAAAAUCCCAGCUGUGUCACCUCAGCAUACCGGUGGACGCGGAAUAUGAGUGCAUGUUGUACUGCAGGGAGUGGUCCGAGUUCCUGCAGGCUCUGGGUUUCUCCACCGUAAAGGUGUCGGAACAAGCCGGGAAUAUUGAUGUGUUCACUCUGAAGGGGAUGGAGAGCGAGAAGCAGAUGGCAAUCAUGGAGUUUCUUACGACGCCCAUUGAAAAGGAGAUGGUCAUCUCUAUGGAGCCGGGCAUGCUGAAAUACAUCCAGAUCCAUUGUCAUCAGCUGUUGGCUGACAUGGACCAGGUGUCUAUUUUUCCCCUGGAAGCAGAGGACGUGUGUGGGUUAAAGCUCCAUGGCCACGCUACUGCUUGUCAAAUGGCAGAGGAGGUGCUGCAAGGUGUCGUGUCCUCUAUCUGCACCAGAACCAUCACAGUAAAUGUCCCAGGAGUGACCAGGUUUUUAAACGAGGAGGAGUGCAAGAGCAUCCUGAAGGAGAUGGAGACAAAGUUUACGGUCUAUAUCAACCCAAAGCACGUGCCCUGGGAAUACCUGCCGCACCAGGACAUUUUUCAAACUGCAUGGAACCUGAUGUCCCACAGCAACUUCCAGAAAGGUUCUUUGGAUGAUUCUCCACAGGACUUGAAAUCUGAUUCAAUGCAGACUGAUCAUAAUGGAACUGCAGACAAAGGCCUUUUAGAGGAGGCGAAGAGAAUCGUCUCAGCCAUCGAUGAAAGAAUCGAGAAGGGGGCGACCAAUUCAGACCAACCCGAUGACAUGGCCGGCAUGGUCGACGUGGACCUGUACACGGCAGAGGAACCCACCAGCCUGACGGACCAGGACUCUUCUGUGAUGGUCGUGGAUGACUCCCAGCUCUCGGCUGAAGGGAACACCACAAGUGGGUCACUCCCGCUGAAUGAUGGCGUGCUCGGCCUUUCUAGCGCCCUCGAAGAAGAGGCCCAAAUGUCUCUAGCCAUCCAGUACUCCAUGGAGUCCAGUCAUUGGUCCAAGGAGGAGGAGGAGGAGGAUCAGCUGCAGCAAGCCUUGGAGCUAUCCAAGACAAUGAUCCAACACAAGGCCUCUUCUAGUAAUGACAAGAGCCCCAAGGUGGUGAAGGGCGCAGAUGUUUCCUUACAGGACGCCAUCAAGGCAGCCAACACCAUACAGAUGCUCGUGUAUGCCGGCUAUAACUGCGACCUGAUUCGGGUGGACAUAGCCUUCGGGAAGAAGGUCAGCCAGAGGCAGGUCGAGGAGAAACUGGAGCACAGGUGUGUGAAGAACAUGUCCGAGUACCACAGGAAGUGCCUGGAGAUGAUCAAGAGGAAGCACGCAGUCGAGAUCCAAAUUCAGGGCACCAUCAUCGCCGUUUCUGGCUUCAAGGACUACGUGACCGGAGGAGUGUGUGACUUGAAGCUGCUGCUGGAGAAAAUGUCCAGUGCCAUAUCCGACCGGGAGAUCCUGAGGACGGUCCAGUGGGUGUAUCACGACCCGGCCUCUUCAGACACGACGCCCUAUUCGCCCGAGGCCACCGUGUUCAUCGAGAACGCUUUGAGGAUGAGGCUGAAAACGGUCGAUAUCUUGCUGGACAAUCAGCCCCACAUCAUCAACUUUGAGAAGAUGCAGGAGUACAACAUAGCUUCAGGGAAAGCUGUGAAAGUUUCCAGGAAGCUGCCUGAAUUAGGGGAUUUGGAUGCUGAUGUACCAGAAGAGGAAUAUUCUCUCCUGUCACAUCUGCCCGAAGCGACCAAAGUCGAUGAGGAAUCCGACGAAUUUCAAAACGUGGUGAAGAAUUUCUAUGAGACCAUCCAGGAAUACCACAGCAAAAUCAGAAUCAUAAAGGUGGAGAAGCUCAUGAAUCGACUGCUGUACAAUCAGUACAAGUUGAAGAAGGCGAGCGUGCUGCAGCGCGCCACAUAUCCGCAGAUUGAACGGACUCUCUAUCACGGCACAAGUGAGACGAGUGUGAAAGAGAUCUGCGUUCACGGGUUCAACAGAAGCUUCUGUGGAAAGAACGCCACCGUCUUCGGUCAGGGCGUGUAUUUUGCUGUCAACUCGGCGCUGUCCGUCCAGGAGCAGUAUUCCCCCCCAAAUGCGGAGGGGUACAAGUAUAUCUUUGUGUCAAAGGUUCUAACAGGAGACUACACCAAAGGCUGCCAUUCGAUGAAGACGGCCCCGCUGAAGGAGACGGACGACAUCCCCCUCCGAUACGACAGCGUGACAGACGACAUCACCAAGCCGGGGAUGUUUGUCAUCUUCAACGAUACGCAAGCGUUUCCUGAAUAUCUCAUCACGUGCCAGAGAAUCCACCGCUGAGGAAACGGACGAGUUGUCAGUUUAUAACCAUAAAUCUGGAGAGAAUCUGGUUUAUAAAGGGCUAAUUAUUAUUAGAAUUAUAGUGAACGUUGUUCUUUUUCAUGUUUGAAAUGUCAUCAAGCACUGCUGUUGAGUGGCUCCGCCUUCAGUUCUUCAGUUUAGUCAAGUCUGAUCAAGAGAAGCUCAUUUUAAUUAACAAUUCAUUUGGUACAACACACUCGCAUGAUGGUUCUCCUUGCUUUAACUUGCAACCAUCUGAAAUAUGUUGUAUUUAUGAUUUAGAAAUCACACAUAAAUGAUUUGCUGCACGAUUUUCCUUCAUACAGAAAAUGUGGAUAGAACAAAGUUUUGGAUAUGUAACUAUUUAGUCUGCUGACAAUGCUGGAUGUGCUACUGUGUAACCAUUAUCUUCCCCAGUCAUUAGUUUGUGCACAUAAAAAGUUUGAUACGAACAGAAUAUGAUAUGUAUUGUUCUGGGGUUUGAGUUUCCCUGAAGUUACUCUGAAGAGUUCAGGUUCUUCUUAGUUAUAUGAGAAGAGAUUCGAGUCCACUGCUGCACCUAAAAGAAAAUGUGAUUUAAAAAUCAAUAACCAUGUUUACAAAAAGAACAAUUAGGCCUCGGUUGAAAAUUACUACAAUUAUAUAUAUUAUUUCAAAGCUAUCUAUAUAUGUUGUAAAUGUUUAGCCUUACAUAACUGUCACAUCUAGCCCGCUGUGCACUUCAGAGACAUGUGUAUUCUUGUUUAAAUAAAACAGAAUAAUCUGA